AUGAUGGUGACCAACGCCGUCCUCGGUGGCAUCGCCGACACCGUCGCCCAGACCAUCACUUCUAUCCGAGAGCGAGCCCUGCGCAAGGGCUACUCCCCGAACCCGAAAGACGACCCCAUCGCCAUCGAGAUCCACGAGCUCGACCGCAAGAACCCCUUCAACGAGCGCGAGCUCAUCCCCGACUCCAAGAGCCUGCCGCCGCCGUUUGACUUUGAGCGCCUCACGCGCUUCAUGGCCUACGGCUUCUGCAUGGCGCCCGUCCAGUUCAAGUGGUUCCGCUUCCUCGAGAAGUCGUUCCCCAUCUCCAAGACCAACGCCUUCGGGCAGGCCAUGAAGCGCGUCGCCUUUGACCAGCUCAUCUUUGCGCCGUUCGGCCUGGCGACCUUCUUCACCGUCAUGACGGUGGCCGAGGGCGGCGGGCGCAGGGCGGUCACGUCCAAGCUGCGGGACAUGUACGUGCCGACGCUCAAGGCCAACUACGUUCUCUGGCCGGCGGUGCAGGUCGUCAACUUCCGCCUGAUGCCGGUGCAGUUCCAGCUGCCCUUCGUCUCGACUGUCGGAAUUGCCUGGACUGCCUACCUGUCCCUCACGAAUGCCGCCGAGGAUGCACAGAACGACAGGAUCCCUGAUCUCCCCGAAGUCCGCCUCGACUGA